UGUAGUAACGAAUUUGUUUACCUUUUAUAUUCGGUAAGAAAGACAGCAAUUUGUUUUUCUGGCUGCAGAAAAGAAGAGUGGUAUCGUACCAGAAUUUUAUUACUAAUAUAUAUACAAUUAGAUAGUUUGUCCAAUGUUUGUUAUUAAUAUGAAACCAAAGUCAGAAAAAUGCGUUAUUUUCUAUUUAUUGCUGUUUCUGCCAUCGUAUCUGUCAUUAAACCAAAGGCCAAACUCAAUAAUACGGGACAAGAACGCGAAAGUUUGUACUCAUGAACAUUGUAGGCGAGUGUCGGAUGAAAUCUUAAGAUCAAUCAAUGUCUCGGUCAAUCCUUGCGACAACUUCUUCCAGUAUUCGUGUGGCUCGUGGAUAAAAAACCACACCAUUCCUAAGGGACGAACUCAAUUUUCUGCCAUUACUCAACUGAGUUUGAACAAUGAGAAGAUACUCAUGGACGCCUUGGAAAAAGAUGAGCCCACGGACUCGCCAACUAUAAAAAAGGUCAAGAAUUUCUACCGGUCAUGUCUCGAUACAAAGACUAUCGAUCAAAGAGGAGUACAACCUGCAUUGAACUUUAUAAAUGAAAUGCAUUCUUGGGAACUGGCUAGUGACGGUUCUUGGGACCAGAGGAAGUGGGAUUUCUACGACACUUUGAGACUUUUACACAAAACGUCGCCAGCAGAAAUCUUUUUUGUAGUGGAUGUUAUUCCGAACCCUGUCAAACGUGAUAAGAGCAAGAAAGAUGUAAUAUUGAUUGAUCAAGCGUCUCUUGAUUUACCUCAAAUUAUAUAUUUUACCAGCGCCACUGAUAUUCGUCUUUUGUGGAGGUACAUGACAGAGGUCGGUCAAUUAGUUGGAGCUGAAACAAACAAAUCUGCUGAAACCAUGAAAGAGGUCAUCAAAUUUGAAGCCGAACUAGCAAAGAUAUUGGUUCCAAAGUCAGCAAAAAGAUACGUUAAGGUUCCGCUCCAUAAACUCGAAAAAGCUGUUCCUGGGUUAGAUUGGCACACACAUCUUAAGUCAUUAUUCGAACAUAGAACAAUUAACAAGUCCGAACCUGUGGUAAUCCUUGCCAAUAGCUAUAUACCAAAGAUGGUUGAUCUCGUAAAAAAGACUAAGAAAAGCACCUUAUCAAAUUACAUGGUUUGGAGAACAUUGAAGGAAGUUGUUCCACUGUUGGACGAACGUUUCAGAAAAACAUAUUACAAGUUCAAAGAAAAGAUUCAAGGUCCCACGGCGGAAAAGCCCCGUCGCAAGAUUUGCUUCAGUUACACGGAUAAUAUUCUUGGACCACUGUUAGGUUCACUGUUUGUACGAAAAGCUUUUAGUCCCGAAAGCAAAGCCAAGGUUGAGGAAAUGAUGUCAAAAAUUAUCCAAGCUUUCAAAGAGAAUGCAAAGGAAGAACAUUGGUUAAGCUUGAAAAGUCAAAAGGCAGUUCGGGAAAAGGUGGAUGCGGCCACAAUAAAAGUUGGUUAUCCCCAUUAUCUCUGGAACGAAAUGGAGUUCGCUGAUAGAUAUCACAAACUUGAAAUAACGGACAGUCGAUGGUUCGAGAAUAUUGUGAACACAGACAGAUUUUCUCUUAUGCAAACCUUCGCAAAACUUGGGCAGAAAAGAGAUAGAAGGCACUGGAUAACGGUUCCACAUUUAGUCAACGCUUUUUACGUCAUUACUAAAAACGAAGUUGUUAUACCAGCUGGGAUUCUACAACCUCCAUUCUUUUAUUCCGACGUGAUCCCAAGGUCAAUCAGUUAUGGAGCUAUAGGUCACGUUUUAGGCCACGAAUUGACUCAUGGUUUUGAUGAUACAGGACGUAAAUUUAACAAUGCUGGCGAGUUGAUUGGAAAUGGCACAGGCUGGAGUAAAGUGUCAAUAAAGCGUUUUGAGGAAAAGGCAAAAUGUCUCGUUAAACAGUUUGGAAAAUACAAAGUGCUCAAUAAAUUUCACGUUGAUGGAAAGGAAACCCUUGGUGAAAACAUGGCGGAUGGCGGUGGAAUCAAAAUGGCUUACCGGGCAUAUCUUGACUGGAUUAAGGAACACGGGGAAGAGGAGGUCUUACCAGAGUUGGAUAAGACUAGUCAACAAUUAUUUUUCAUUGGUUAUGCACAAAAAGAGUGUACAAAAACUACGAGUACUUCGGAGUUCAUAUCUGUGACGGAAGAUGUUCAUGCACCCACAAAAUUUCGUGUUCUCGGAACUCUGGCGAAUAUGAAAGAAUUCUCAGAAGCAUUUAACUGUCCUCUUGGAAGCACGAUGAAUCCCACAGAUAAAUGUGAUGUUUGGUAGUCACACGGUACAGUUCAGUAAUUUUUUUUCGAAUUUAAUACUACAAUACAACAUAAACAUAUUAGAGCAUAUUAUGAAAACAAGUGUAACUAAAUAUAGGACAUAUUUAGCUGGAAUAAGAAGCAGGCAAUCUUUUCUUC